AUAAUGUAUUUGAUAUAAUAUUAUAGUCGUCUACUCGUUUAUGGGAUCGUCGACGUCGGUUAUCACGGACGGAAGUUGUCGCGAAUAGUAAAAAAUAAAACGAUCCAAUCGUUAGUUGUCAUUGUCUAUUUGUCUCGAAAUUACCGUAAUAAAUAUCUUAACGCUUUUCGGUCUCGUCGCCAUCGCCGCCGUCUGACGGACACCAGUGCACCACACGGGUGACCGAUUUGGAACAGACGACCGCGACUUUGUCGUUGGGCGACGUGACGUCUGCUACCCGGGGACAUUUUUAUUUCGGUAGUUCUCCGUUCGCGUUUGACGGCCGCCGUUCGUUUCCUUUUUUUCUCUUUGGAAAUCGAUCGAUCCGUUUCUGAUAAAUGACGUGUUCGGAUUGACGUAAAAAUGGGACAAAAAGUGAGCAGCCUGGGCGACGUGUUCCCUUGGAAGAAUUCCGACUCGUCAAAAAACAAUGAUGGGUUGACGGCAGGUGCUAGAAACGGCUCGCACUCGUCUAUCCUACCCGCAGCCUCCGUUCCCGUCUGUGCGGUGCACGGCGUACCAGUCACAGGAGAUCAACAAAAUUUGGAAAACAUAUACGUGUCCAACAAUGACGCUCCGUCCUCGUCUAGUAGUGAUCAGAACGUGAACGAUGGCGAAACAUUAGCAACGGUUUCCGAUGUAGAGACGGUGACAUCCAAGAAUACUCAGCCGUCAUCAUCAAAAAGCACAGCUGGCUCCAAGAAACUCAACCACUGGGUGUUGCGUUUCAACUGCUCUCGUCCAAAGGCAAAGAAUGUAAAGUACUACAAUCCUCCUGAGUUUUUACCCAAGCCAAACGAAGCCAAGUGCGAUACAUGCGUGUGCACAAGUUAUAAUCGUACGGAAGAAAAUCAUCAUAUGGAUACUGGUGAGGUAUCUGAUCCUUCUCCUUCACCACUCAAAGAUGAUUUGGACGAGAUUGAUUUAGACGAUAUUGAUUUGGACGAGGCAGAGAAGAGCUUGCGAGACUUUGGAAGUGCUUUUAAUGCUUUUAAUGCAUUUGAAAAUCGCAGUGAAUUGGUAUUGCCUUCAUUCGAUGACGGAUUUAUAGAUCUAGCAGAACUGACUAGACGUGAAUUUUUGAACGAUGACGUUGAGGACAGAGCUUACAAAGAGCGUGCUAAAGAAAUCCAAGAGGGUAUAGAACCACCACCAGGAUUUAGGCCUGGGUUACACAUACAAUUGGUAGAAUUUAGUUUGCCUAAAAUGACUAUAGACAAUUUAACCUCAUUAUUCCAAAGAGCUGCAAUUACAGCUUUAACUGCACCACAUGAUAUGGAUGAUACCCAACGAAUACAUACAUCCAUUGACUAUAUUCACUACUUAGUUCCUGAUCUACUUCAAAUCACAAAUUGCUCAUUUUAUUGGGGCAAAAUGGACAGAUAUGAGGCAGAAAAAUUGCUUGAAAAUAAACCUGAAGGCACCUUUUUACUUAGAGAUUCAGCUCAAGAAGAAUAUUUGUUUUCUGUAAGCUUCAGGAAAUAUGGUCGAUCUUUACAUGCACGAAUUGAACAGUGGAAUCAUCUCUUUAGUUUCGAUUCAAGAGAUCCUGGUGUUUUUGCAUCAUCUACAGUUUGCGGGCUAAUAGAGCAUUACAAAGAUCCUACUUGCUGUAUGUUUUUUGAACCAAUGCUGACUAUACCAUUACAUCGAAAUUUCACAUUUUCUUUGCAACACACAUGCCGUGCAGCAAUUUGCAGUCAAAUUACAUAUGAUGAUGUCAAUCAAUUAAAACUUCCAAAAUUAUUGAAGUCGUACUUAAAAGAGUAUCAUUAUAAGCAACGUGUAAGGGUACGCAUAUUUGAUUCAGAAAAUUAAUCUCUUUUUUUUUUAACUCAUUUAGUUAUAAUUAUAUUUUAUUUCAAUAUCUCUAGUUAUAAAAAUAGUUCU